ACAUGGAAGACAAGAUGGGAGAUUUUUAAGGGACGUCCGCGUGUUUGAAAUGAACAGAACUGGAUCGACAUCACUGCUACAGAUUCAUUUUGAUAAAUCCUCGGUUCUCGUUUCGAUCCGUACCAGUUGCUGACACGCUAAUAACAUAGUUAUGCCAGCCCUCUUCUUGGCUGUCCGCCUCCUCAACCCGAGGGAAGGCUGGUUCCCUGUUCCUUACAGUUGUUUGUGAAAUAUGCAGUUCAGAACAGUGUACUGCUAGCGUGAGUUUUAAAUUAAGCAUUUGCCAACUUUUAAAUGACGUACUCGAAAUGGACAUCGUCAAUGAAAUCUAGAACUAUUGUGGCUGCUUUGGGGAAUGUAUGACUCUUGCUAAUACUGCUAAUACCGACUUUCGAUUUGUUUCAUUCCGUCUACAACAGCAUUUGACAUCCAGGUUCUAUCGGGACAUGUACAUCCCAGCUGAAACGUGGGACUGGAAACAAACACGGCUAAAUAUUAAACUAGUUAGUUACUUUUGUUAGAUUGUGAUAGUGGGUGACAUUGCUCUGGCCACGAGGACAGCUUUCUUCAGAGUGGCUUUCUUCACUUGAUCAAAGCGUUGAUCAAAGUAUUGGACCUCCUCAAGGAACAGCGAUGUUCACGUUAAAGGAAGCGGGUACGGUACAGACAUCCGGAAAACACUGGCAAGGUGAUUUUAUUAAUACAAACAAUCGACUUACGGAAUUCAUCUGAGGGACACGCGCCCAAGCUGCUUGUCAUGGCUGUCUCGAUACGAUCAUUUUGCUCUCUCAUACAUUGAUCUUUCAUAAUGUAAGAAAAAGGGUCAGCAUUAUUAGCAUAACUAAGUAGCCUACUAAAUACGGAAUACGUAUUUUUAAAAUAUGGCUGAUCAAAGUAACAUUCAGUCUGCGGCAUCCAAAAGCAUUCGGCCGUUCAAGUCCAGCGAGGAGUACUUGUAUGCCAUGAAGGAAGAUCUGGCGGAGUGGCUGAACACGCUGUACGACCUGGACAUCUCGGCGGAUACUUUCAUGGAGGGUCUGGAGACUGGCUGUGCCCUCUGCCGUCACGCCAACAACGUGAACCGCGCUGCGAUGGAUUUCCAGCUCGAGUAUCCGGAGGCUGCACGCACCAUGCGGGUGCCAAGUAAGGAUGUGGUCUUCCAGUCUCGGAAUGUCGUGCCCGGGUCCUUCGUUGCACGCGACAACGUGUCCAACUUCAUUAGCUGGUGCCGCCAGGAGCUUUGGAUCAAGGAUGUGUUGAUGUUUGAGACCAACGACUUGGUACAAAGGCGCAACGAGAAGAACUUCGUCCUCUGUCUGCUGGAGGUCGCGCGUCGGGGAGCCAAGUUCGGUAUGCUCGCCCCAAUGUUGAUCCAACUGGAGGAGGAGAUUGAGGAGGAGAUACGGGACCAGGAGAACCUCGUGGAACCCAGUCCCCCGAGCAGGGGGCCUAGCCGGAAGGAGAGUAUAGGAGACCCUCCUCCUGGAGCAUACCCAGUCUGGCAGCAAAAAAGGGUGCUGUGUGACAUGCGCAACCUGGAUGAGCUGGUGCGGGAGAUACUGGGGCGCUGUUCCUGCCCUGCCCAGUUUCCCAUGACGAAAGUGUCCGAGGGGAAGUACAAAGUGGGGGACUCCAGCGCUUUGAUCUUCAUUCGGGUGCUUCGCACUCACGUGAUGGUGCGUGUGGGCGGCGGCUGGGACACGCUGGAGCACUACCUGGAUAAACACGACCCCUGCCGCUGCUCUGCUUUCGCUCACCGAUACCAGCAGGCCAAAGCAGGCGGCCAGGGCUCGCACAGCAAGUCCUCCAGCGCCCACUCCUCUCGCUCCACCAGCCCCGGGCCGCACUGGCGCAACGAGGGCAUCGUUCCCUUCAAGACACCCGACAGGCGCUCGCUGGAGCCCGCGUCCGCCCACUCUACCUCUGCGUCCGCCCGCCUGGGCCGCCCCCAGCGGCCCUCUCUGCCCAUGGAGCUGGACGCCAACGUUUGCCGCGGCCCGAACCUGCUGCCGCACCCGCCGCGGGACCGCUCUGAGCCACGUCACUUCACCCCUCUCAGGUCCAAGGACACGUUGCCGCCAGCAACCCGUAGGUUGUCAGGGGACAGUGACUCCUCCACCUCUUCCUCUAAGGGUGGGGGGAGUGGUUGCGGGGGAGGGGGAGGCAGGGUAUCGCUGGGAGGUGUCCGACGCCCCGGUGAGGAGGUGGUACUGCUGGUGAGUCGCAGGGAGGGGAAGCACGUGAUUGAGAGGCCCAAGGAAGGGGGACAGAUGCCGGCCCUGCGCACACCACAGACUCGGGCACGCAGCCACUCGCGGGAGCGUCCCGCAGUGCUGAAGCCCAGCCCGCCUCAGGGCGCCCCCGAGGGCAUCAGGAUGGCCAGGCCAGAGCGGGGCCGCUCCCUGGGACCAGAGGGGCCCCGCAGGCUGCAGGCCCCACGCUCACACAGCCAGGGCAAGCUGCCUAGCCGCAGUGAGGCCAGCCUGGUACCCCCUCCUCAGAUACAUGAACCCCACCACAGUGACAGAGGCGAGGACCUCCGGACCAAACAGGCAAACCCGGCCUCCCCAAAAUUCACUCCUGGGGGUUUCUCCAGGAGACAGUCAGCCCCAUCUCAUUCACCAGUUAAAGGGGGUCCAAACAGCCCCAGUAAGAAGGCCGGGGCCUCCCCCAAGCCCCCGCCUCCCCGCUCCCCAUCAGCGGGGAAGAGCAGACUGCUCCCCCCGGUCUCCCAGGCAGGCCGGCGGUCCCCUCACUCCUCCCCCCGCUCCUCCCACCACCACGCCCCCCGCUCCCCGCGGGCGUCCCGCAACUUCCGAUCGACGGGGCACAGUCGCCCGGGACGGGGUGGCGCUGAGUGGCCUGAAGCAGAGGGUGAGGGGAGGGGCUUCAGUUUCCAGCUGCUGCCCAGUCUGGACCCCCAAAAGGAGCAGGACCUGUACCGCAGCUUCGAGGCGGAGUUCCUGGCCAACACGCAGCUGGCCGCAGCGGGCGCUGGCAGGGGGGCCGGAGGGAAGGACCUUGCGUCGUUGCAGCUUCCUGUCACUCAGAGUUCAGGAGCCCUGCCGCUGCCCACCCCGGGGGAUGCCAACGUCACAGACUCCGCCUACUCAUCCUCCAGCUCCUCCUCUUCUUCCCUCAACGUGGGGGGUAAAGUGGGGCUGCUGCCUGACCUUCGCGAGUCCAAAAGACCCCCCACCAACCCGCUGCCCUGCGCCCUGGAGAACUCUGUGGUCCUGUCAGACAACCUGAAUCCCGUCCGGCCUCAAAACGGUAACCACAUGGAUACGGAGUGCUGGGGGGGUCGCGGGGGCCGUCACAUGAAGCUGCCGGCCCUGGCUGGCUCCCUGGAGGAUGGCGAGCUCCUCUCCUCCCUGAACAGCCUGAGAGACAUGGAGCAACCCCACGCCUUCACACAGCCAGCCCUCCACUCUGGAGGCGUCCACAGUGGCUAUGGGGUGAAGCCCAUUACUGAGCAGUUGCUGGCCUCGGCAGCAGAGGUGGACGGCAGGCAGGGGAGGCUGGACUGGGCCGUAGGUGAGGAGGGGGGAAGCAACCCGGAUAGCCACCCGGAAUUCCCUUUUGAGCUCGGGGAAGACGAUGACCCAAACGAUGGCUUCCCACCCCCUGAAAGUUGCCCGUCGCCUCUGCCCCUCCCACCGUCUGAGGACUGCUCCUUCCAGGACUCCUCCAGCGAGAGCUCCUCCAUGUGCAUCAGCCUGAACGAGCCGCACUCGAGGGGCUCCUCCCCGCCGCCCCCGGCAGCCAACGGGGACACAGAGGUCGUCCUGCGGCCCAAGAAGGGGCUGAAGAAGCCUGAGCGGGUACCCUCCAUCUACAAGCUCAAGCUGAGGCCCAGAAUUCGCCCCCGAACGGACAACCGGCCCGAGAACAGCCCCUCGCGCAUCCCCACUCCUGUCAGCUACAAACAGCAGCAGCCACAUGGUAGCUACUCCCCCAUCCAUACCCCACCGCAGUCCCCCCAGGUCUCCCGGACCAACGGGCACUCCAAGUCCCAUAAAGCCCUGCACCAGGCCUUGGCAAAUCUGAUCGAGCCCCAGACACGGUCCCCAACCAGGGGCCGUCGGGACUGCUCCUCCUCUGUGGAGUCUGGGAGCCAGGACGAUGAGGGCUGGAUGUAG